UGUUUUUUCAGAUUUUUUCUGUGUGAAUUCUUCGAAAAAGUGUUUAAAAUUAUAUUCCAUUUACCUACCACGAGAAUCUCAACUUUCUUGACAAUAAAGAAACAAACUGUUUUCUCGAUCUUCUCUAUCUGUCUUAUCGUUUUAUCGUCCACAAUCGAUGCCAUGCUGUGCACCAGAUAGAGUUUGCAGGUAUACAAAACCAGAAGUGUGCAUUAUAGUUAAUUGAAAUUGAAAGGGAGACAGAGAGAGAGAGAGAGAGAGAGAGAGAGAGAGAAAGUAAGAGAGAAAGAGAUACACACGAGGUAAUAAAGUCAGGGGGAGUAGUUUCGAGUGGCCCAUUUCCCUUAUCACGAUAAAACUUCGGUUUGACUUGGCGCGACCGCAUCACGGACCGGCACAGGUAGUGUAUAGGGUGAUUCACUUUUCGAUUGCCAUUCAUGCGAUCAGUCUUCUCGGAUCUAUCGCCGCGAUGAGUGCAACAGCCGCGAAUUCGCUGUCGCUGUCAUCGCCGUUGUCAUCGUGCUAUAAUUGUCAUCAAGGGAUGAUUUGAAAUCGGCACGUGAGACCGCAGCGGAACGAAGAUGGACGUGGAACUGGUGACCCGAGCGUCGCUGAGCUCUCUGCAAAAUGACGAUGGCCGUAUCGUCUCCCCCAACAGCUUCGACGAAUGGACGUGGUCUAGUCUGAGGAAACAAUUCAAGUACAAAAGCCUAGAAAAGCUGUACACGAUCUAUCAAAGGCGAUUACAAUAUGGUUAUCUGUCAAUAUUCAUCUUGCUGCAACUGCUGCUUGGACUCACAUAUUGCUUGACUCUGAUCACGAUGCUCAACAUAAAGGAAUGCCUGCCGGACAUCGUAGUCUAUUGUAUCGUAGGCUCUCUGCUCUGUCCUAUGAUCGCCCUGUCAUUCAGGUCAAAAAUUAUCGCCAAAAAUACUUAUUUGCCGAUCAUGCUUUCCUGGUUAAUCGUUGUACUCUUGGUUGCCGCUGACUUAGCUAUUCCUCUAUAUUAUACCUUCGCCUACGCCGAAGGCAUCCCGCCGAUAAGACCAGCAUACGCGACACACGCGCUUCUAGCUUGUUACGUGUUUCUGCCGAUCACGAAGAAUUCACAUGCUUUCGUGCUCGGCCUUACCGCCACCAUGUGUUACUUGAUGACCCUGUCGUUAAUCACCUAUAGCAACAUGUCCGAUCACAUUACCAAGAUUAUCGCCGAUGCGAUAUAUUUUGUGUGCAUAAACGGUCUGGGACUUUACUUCAGGUUCAUGAAUGAGGUCGUUAUCAGGCGUUCCUUCCUAGAUCGCCGAAAGUGUGUCGAAUCCACACUUAGACUUAACUAUGAAAAGGAUCAAGAAGAACAAUUAACACGGAGUAUAUUGCCGCAACAUAUAGUUGCGAAAAUAAAAAAAGAUUUUAGGGAUAUUUUCAAGUUCAUAGAGGAGCAUAAGAAAAGCCCUCUGCCAAAAGGCAGACCGCACAGCGACCUAUGCGUGGAGACGCACGAUAAUGUGAGCAUCUUAUACGCGGACGUGGUGAAUUUCUCUGGACUUACCGUAACGUUGCCAAUACGAAAACUCGUGGAGACCUUGAACGAUUUAUUCGGUAGCUUCGACGAGGCGUCGGAGAGGCAUAAUGUGUUGAGAAUCAAAUUUUUGGGCGACUGUUAUUACUGCGUGAGCGGUGUGCCCACGCCGAAUUCCCAGCAUGCCAAAAGCUGCGUUGAUCUCGGCCUUGAUAUGAUAAAAAUCAUCAACGAGGUGAGAGCGCGAGUGUAUCGCGAGAGCGGCGUCGAUGUGAACAUGAGGAUUGGCGUGCAUUCGGGCAACAUAAUAUCCGGAAUCCUGGGCACAAAUAAAUGGCAGUACGAUGUUUGGUCGCGCGAUGUGAUGAUAGCGAACAAGAUGGAGCAGACUGGAAAGCCCGGCAAAGUCCAUGUGACUCAGCAAACAUUGGAUCUCGUUAACGUGAGCGAUUACAAUUGCGUUCCGGUCGAAAGAUUGGACGACGAGGUUCUGCAAAAAUACGGAAUACGCAGCUACCUCAUCACGCCGUCCUUGCCGGAAACGACGAUACCGAUACGCGAGAACAAUUUGAAGGUCAUUAGUACGGACUCGCCGAUUCUGUCAUAUCCUACGCCUAACAAACAUUACAUCAAAUUCUACAAUGGGCGCUCCCACACCAUUAUCAACAAUACUUCCAGGACGAAAUUGACGAGCAAUCAGGCGGACGUUUUUGCGUCCACUUACAGGCGGAGAACGCACUUCAUGGAUUCUUGCUUACGAGAUUAUCAUCUAAUGUUGAAAGCAGCGGACGCCGAGAUGGAGAACGCUAUUAAUCAGAUGCCUCUUAACAAGUGGGAACAAUGGAGCAACUGGAAGCAUAUAAAUCCACUUUUUCUGACAUUUCGACAAUGGAGUUGGGAGAUUCCAUUCCUGCGUGAACCGGAUCCUCUCUUCAAAUUUUACAUAAGCUGUUCUAUCUUUGUGCUACUCUUCAUGGCGCUUAUGUAUCUCAUACCCACGUUUAUGCUUUCCCAAUGCUAUGUUAGUACAAUUGUCAGUUAUGUUAUCUCAUCAGCGAUGAUGUUCUUGAUCAUUUUAAUACCUCUUACGUGGAUGCACUUUGUGUGGAAUCGUUGCAAGGAUCCGCACGACGAACAUGAAGGACACGUUCCGCAUCCACGGAAUAAAUUACUAUACUUCUUUUACCAAACAAGCGUAAAGGUUGUAUGGAGCGCUCUUUUGAGAACAAUCUUGUACUUGGUGAUUACGAUAAUGUUGGCGACAUGCGCCAUGUUUGAUAUGAUUUUCGAAUGUAGAGACGUCAAUAAUAACAAAACCAGCAUGUUGGAAAUCAGCGCCCCUAAAUUAGAGUGCUUGGCUACACCUUGGCAAAUGACGGAAACCUGCUCGUUGGCGAUUCUCACGAGUUUUCUCUUUCUGAGGGUCCAUUAUGCUUUAAAAUUAAUGAUAGGUAUCUGCGUGGUAGCCUUUUAUGCGUGGAACGUUUGGGUGUAUCGAUCUAAUAUAUUUCAUUCGAGCGACACAUGGAAUCCUCACUUGGAACCGAAAGUAGCGCAUAUAUUGACUGUGGUGUUUCUCACGUUUUCCUUACAUCUUAUUGAUCGUCAGGCAGAGUACUUGAGCAGGCUAGAUUAUCAGUGGAAACGUCAACUAACAAAGGAACAGGAUGAAGCAUUUCAUACGAGGAAUGCCAAUAAGCUUCUACUCCGUAAUAUUUUGCCGGAGCACGUUGCGGAGUUUUAUUUAAAUAUGAAUCGGAGCGAGGAGAAUGAACCUUAUCACGAGGCUCACAGCAACGUCGCCGUAAUGUUCGCCUCUUUGACAGGGCUGUCAAUAGAUGAGAGUGACAUUCUUAUCGAUCUGAAUGAGAUUAUUUGCGAAUUCGACAAGCUACUUUUCGAACCCUGCUUCGUGUGUCGCAUAGAAAAAAUAAAAGUCGCCGGAACAACAUAUAUGGCAGCUUGUGGAUUGGAAGCUAGUCGACGCAAUUCGAUGCAUAGCACCGAGAGUGAAGAGGAUUCCAAUGACAAUGUGGUCAAGGUGAUGGCACAAUUCGCCGUACAAAUGAUGUCUGUGCUCGAUAAAAUGAUUGCGAGAUCUUUCACCACAUCAAAACCUUACAAAUUGAGGAUCGGAAUUUCUCACGGAGAAGUGACGGCCGGUGUCGUGGGAGCUCAAAAACCUUUGUAUGAUAUUUGGGGCGACGCCGUAAAUAUGGCAUCCAGAAUGGACACUACUGGAUUACCUGGAAAAAUACAAGUGACAGUGGAUACGGCUGCUGUCUUGGAACAACAGGGUGUCAAGUGUCAUCUACGUGGUGAAACGUAUGUCAAACCGAAAGGAAAAGUCACGACGUACUUUGUGGGUGUCGAUGAGAAAGGAAUGUUGGAAAAAGCAGAUUUUGGGGAGGAAGAGAGCACUAGUUUAUGACAAACGAUGAAUGAUAAUUCGGAUUAAUUUUAACGAUCAAGCUAUAUCUCUCGAUCGACAAAUCGUGUAAAGAAUAUGCAGAGUGUAAUCGAACAGUCGUUUUCUACGUUAUACUGUUAUAUAUGAUAUUUGUUUCUAAAUGACUAAAAUAAUUCCAAUGAUAACAAUUACAUAAAAGGAAUUUCUAUAACAUAUAUGUUAUAAAUUAAUAGUCGUGACACGAGAAAAACAUGAGUAACAAUGAAAACAUUCUUUCAAGAUGAAUCGCUUGUCUUAUCGUUUCACAUCGUUUUAAGAUGAAUCUCUUGUCUCGUAUCUAAUCUCUCAUUUAAUAUAUUAAAUAUAUUUUUUAUUCUACUUUUGAAAAAAUAUCUAUUGUUGCAGAAAAUGAGAUAAAGCAUAAUAAAUAAAUACAUCACUCUAUAAAAUUAUAUAUCGGAUAAUAUUAAUAUAUCUGUCUAAAGAUAUAUUCAUAUAUAAAUUUUUUUAACAUUACAUAUAAUAAGUUGAUAUUCGCAGUGUAAAUAAAAAUAAUCGAUACAGAAAUGGAAAUAAUGGCAUUGUUUGAACAUAUAAGAAGCGACUUACGAGUUACACUCUGUAAUGUUUGAG